GUUCUUUUCGUUUAGAUUUAGAGUUUCAGUUUUUUACGUUCGGUGAAACGUUAUAAUUGAAUUUAUUUCAUUAUAUCUAGGUUUAUCUCUUAUCUAUAAAGAUGGAUAUAUCUGUUACAGUCUCCGAUGACAAUGGCCCUCCUUGUACUUUCAAACAUACCAUGACCGCUCUUUCCAAGCCAUGUGAUGUGUUAGAACUUAAACAAGAAGUACAAAAUAUACAAAAAAAAUGCAACGAAUACUUAACAACAAUCGUAGAAAAGGAAAAAAUUGAACAAAAUGAAACAGAUAUGGUAACUUCAACGACAAAUAUUGAGAAUGAUGAUGAAUCGGAUAGUGAAGAUGUAGAAGAAGAAAAUGAGCCUGAACCUAAAAAGUCUAAGAAAUAA